AAAUUUCCUCGUCUAAACGUAGUUUAGUUUUCUUCUGAUUUAACCGAUUCCCUUGUGCAAUAAUACUUGGUUUUUGUUUUGGGCCAGAAAAAGUACCUGGGUUCUUUAAUUGUUGCAAAACAUGGACUCAGCCCAUCCCCUCCACCGCCCCGCCCUCUGACAUUUGCUUUAUUUUCUUCUUCUUCAACCUCAGCAGACGGCAGCGAUCACGUCUUCUGCUUCACUUCUCUAUCUUCCUGUUAGUUUUUACUUCUAACUAACCCAGCUCCAGCCCUCUCUCUGGUAACCCCUUAUCUGGUCUUUCUUCUUCUUCUAAUCUUCUUCAAUCGGCUCAUUUACGAACCCCAGAUGGAUCUCAAUAAUUUUGGUAUUUUAGAUUUAGAAGAAUAAGCUAGGAGCAUGGACUUAGAACCAAAAGACGAUCCUCGUAAAGCUUCAUUGAAACCGUCAUUUGCGGACCAGCAUUUUCUAGUCAACUUCAUAAUGGGAAAUUACUUGGGUCCUGAUGUCAAUAUUGAUAGCCUGAGAUACUCAGCAUUUCAAAGGAUAGUGGAAAGUUUGCCUCCAUAUAUGUCAAGUGAUUUGGGGCCAUCAUAUGUCAGUGUGUCUUUUUUGGAGAGUUUAUAUUACUAUAUCCUGAGAAAUGCUCACCCUAGUCUCAUUUUGAGACCAGAUAUGUUGCAUAAGUACUUUAAGGGCAGCCCAACCUUACCAAGUUCAGGGGUUACAAAAGAAAGUUGGCACCAGUUCACAGAUCUUUUUCCUUUGGCUCUUCAUGAACAGAUAUGGUACCCAGAGAGCUUCAGAGUUGUUAAGGGGAUUGUUUUGAUUGAUGAUCCUGUUACAUCAUUUAUGGAAGAAGAUGUUCUUGAAAAGUUCAAAUCUUUAUCUGGUAUAGAUGGCCUAAAAAUUGAUAUAGGUCAAACUAUACGAUAUCAACAUGAGUACCUGGAUGGUGGAGAAAGUAAGUCUAAUGGCUUGAAUGACGAUGGCAAGGAAACAAAGACAGAAAAUAUGUCUAAUGGAAAUGGUAAUUCAUCAGAAAGGUUUCUGAAAAAGUAUAAGAGGAGGUGCGUCUCUCAUUCUCCAGCAAAGCCAGCAUCUCCCCUAGUUGUUUCUGAAUCAAAGCAUUAUAACAAAGAUGGAGCUUCAUGGAUGAGCAAUCCAGAUGGCCCUGCCCUGAUGCCCCUUAUCUCUCUUCCUAAUAUGGAAGAACCUACUUCUGAUUCUUCUAUUGUUUUGUCUGGGACUGCCAGGAAAGGCGUAGUUGGACCACCAAUUGGUCUAGUGGACAUUGGUGUUAGCAAGGUUGCAUAUUACUUCCGGGUUGCUCUACCAGGGGUCAGGAAGGAUUUUUGUCAGUUUAGUUGUGAGAUUGAAUCGAAUGGGAAGGUUCAUCUCCAAGGCAUCACAAGUGGUGGAAAUCCCAUAAGGAAACGUUCGCGUGUAUUUCAGAUGAAGUUGCAGCAAUUAUGCCCGGCUGGACCAUUCACUCUCUCCUUCAGCCUCCCGGGACCUGUUGAUCCAAGGCUUUUCGCACCACACUUCGGAUCUGAUGGCAUUUUUGAAGGAGUUAUCGUAAAAGACGAGUGAUAUAUGUUGCCAAGUUACAUACAUUCUUGAUGUAGCCGCGGUCGACGAAAUGGUAGAAUUUUCUUACUUGCCCUGUUACUAAGUUCGUAGUUUGGUAGCUCUUGCGUAAAUGGUGUAGAGAAGUAUUGGUAGGACUAGGUUGUAGUUUAACGAAGUGAUCCUCUUCCAACAUCAAGCGUGCCGAUGCCGUCUGAGUAGAAUUUGGCGGGAUACUCAUGCUAGAUGAGUGCUGACACGUGGUGACGUCGUCUAGACAAUCGACAGAAGUUAGGGCAAAGUAUGGAGAUCAGUUCUGUAAUUUUCUUUUCCUUUGGGAAAUUUUUAGUAUGCCACUUCGAUUUAGUGCGUUAUUUUGAUUUUAGUAUUAGCUUUCCAUUUGGUUCAA